AUGAGUGACGAGUCAGAUCCGGAUAAGUUACAAACUGAUACUAGUAAAAUUCACGCGCCGCGUCCCUCGUCACCUCGAAAGUUUUUUGCCAGACUCUACGGUCACCUUGAGGAGCCGAAGCUAACUACCCAAGUCGAGGGUCCUGUUGAAAGUGAAUCUUCUUCGGAUAUUGAAGUGGGCGUGGGAGAAACAGAAGGUGUUGAAUUGAUGACGAAUCGAAAUAUGACUUUAUGGCAGCCACCGCCGUUACCAAUUUGUCCCCGGCCCAUGCUGCUGCCUCACCAGCAACUAGCCUUUGGCGCUGGAUUGGCGGCUUUUUUGGCCCGGAGACGACGAAAAGAGAGUAGACCAAGACGACAGCGGACAACAUUUUCAGCACAUCAAACACUGCGACUAGAACUAGAGUACGCUAGAGGAGAAUAUGUUGCUAGAGCAAGAAGGUGUGAGUUAGCUUCGGCAUUAUCGUUAAGUGAGACCCAGGUUAAAAUAUGGUUUCAAAACAGAAGAGCCAAAGAUAAAAGGAUAGAGAAAGCGCAAAUCGAUCAACAAUACAGGAAUUUAGCUGCAGCCUCCGGUUUCUUCCCCACGGUACUCGGACCACCUUACUGCACCGCACCUGUUUGUCCAUGUUUACCGGCGCCACAACCUUCAAGUAUAGAGAAAUAGGAACAGAAGAAAAAGAAUCAAUGAAGUGAUUAUUUGAUCCAUUAAGCUAUAAAUUAAUGUUACGUAAAAUCACGAAGUAACGAAAACAUUGCGACUCGCAUUUAAUCAAGCAGAUAAAUAUACCGGGCGUUACCCGAACACGUCAUUAGCCAUGAAGAAAAAUAUUACAUUUGUUAAUCCAGGUUAUUGUCUUUCUCCGAAGUUUCAUCUGAAACCGUAGACCCAUUAAACGUAAUUGAAUUACAACAUCCAAACAUAUAAACUAAUAAUGUAAGGUAAUAAUAAAUAUAUUAUUACACAUUGUAUAUAGUCUACACCUUUACCUUUAUAUAACGAUAUUGUUUUUUUUGUUACUAGAGUGAAUCGAAUAAAUAAUACUCACAAUGUCAAAUUGAGUAACUG